AAGUCCUACCUGUUUUUCUUGCUUAUCUUUUGCUGUGGAAUAAGUUUUGGAAUCCACCUACAUAAGAGCAACUCCAACGGGGCGACCCAUUUCGUCCGUAGCCGUUCGUUUGGGUCCGCGCGGAUAAAAAGUUGGCCCAACGCGCCGAUUCAAAUAGACGUGCGUCUGCAGCUGAUUCAUUCCUGACCUAAUUUUUGCGUUGGCGCGGACACGAAGCGGACGCGCGCCUACUUCCCUCCCUGGCCCGCAAGUCGAUGACAAAGCGGCCAUCUUUUCCCUCCAUUUUCUCCAAACUCUCCCACUCGCUCCCGCGCCCGCUUCCAUCGCCAUGGACGGCGAUUUCGAGGCCGUCGCUGCCAUAGGCUUAAUGGCCUCGCCCGUCGCCUCCGUCGAAGCAAGAGGCAAGGCCCGUGCCCCCCGCAAGGGCGUCGCGCUGCCCAAGAAGAAGAAGGAGUUGACACCCGAGGAGCGGGCCGUGGAGUCGGCCAAGAAGAAGGGCUGGCGGCAUGCGCACUGCAAGGGGCGAGGCUGCCGCCGCCGCCGCCUUCGUCGCUGUCGCGCAGCAGGAAGACACCAAUGCCCGGGUGAAGGCGGCAACGAUGGAGGCCUUGUUGUACCUAGGGGUAAACCCAGCCGCGGCCAGCACGGGCUCGUCAGCAUAUCCUCGGAUUAUGCCGCCGGAGUCGCUGCGCGCGUCUUGCACGCAGUCGAUUCCCGACUUCCACGUCUACCUGCAAGGUAGCCGCUUCUUCGGGGAAUGCUUGCCGGAGGUGAGCAUCGUGGCCCCUUCCACGCCUGCGCCUGUGACCAUCGACCUCAACGCCGCGUCGGUAGCAGACGGAUCAUCGUUCGGAGGCAUGAGGAAACGACAACGCGAGAUGCCAGCCGACUUGCUCAACGGCGCCCGCAAUUUGUUCGACGGAAUGCCGGCGGCCGUCGACGAUGACACGGCCAACCGUUUCCUCAAGAACAUGAUCUUCAAAGGUGCCGGUUGGUGCGUACGAUCCCGAUGAGAUCCAAAGCCAGGACGGCCGAGCGCCGUUCACGCAAGCCAUAAAUGAUCCACAUGACGCCUUCAUGCAAGAUCAGGUCGGCCUAGACGGCUUCCCGCUCGACCAUGAGUUCGCGUAGGACUUCAGUCUUGAGGAGGAGGACGAUGACAUGGACAUCGACGGGGAGCCUUUGUUCAAGGAGGAGCUCACCAACUAAACUGCUGCUGGGGCGAAGCCGAAGCGCAAGAGCAAGCGGACAAAGGCAUACACGUCGGCUGAGGACAAGCUCCUUUGUGAGUGUUGUAGGGACAUUGGGUAAGAUCCGAAGAUCGCGCCGAACAAAAGUGGUCAGCCUUAUGGACUCAUGUUCACCGUGAGUUUCAUGAGCGCAAGAAGUUUCCCCCGUACCAAAUGCAAAGCAAGCGUGGAUGGGUGUCACUUUCAAAGCGUUGGAGGGUGAUUCAACAAGAGUACAACAAGUUUUAUGCCACCUAUGAGAGCAUCAAGGCACGCCCGACCUCGGCAUUCAAGACAUGGUAUUUCAAGCUUUGGAGGCAUUCAAGGUUCAACACGACGACAAAGCCUUCCAUCUCACCCAUUGUUGGACUAUCAUCAACCGGGAGAAGUUCAAGGCGCAAUAUGCCGCCCUCUUGGCGUGUGGGGGGAAAGAAGCUAUGCAGGACCAUGGUGACGGCAAGAAGGCCUGGCCGUGAGGGAAGACCAACUCGAAGGAGGACAUGCGGGACGCGGCGUCGAUCGCCUUGCUUGAAAAGGUGGAGGGCAUGAUAAACAAAGACUUCGGAGGAGAAGGGUCGGCAAGAAAAGGAAGAGCAAAUGCACGCCUUAAUGGAAAUCCAAAGGAGGCUCAAGAUGGACGCGGAGAGGCAAGCCAAGAUGCUUGAGUUGGAGGGGGCGAAGCAAACCAAGAUGCUUGAGAUUGAGGCCACCAAUGUUAGGAUCAAGGCGAAAAAAGUGGCCCUCGCAAGCAUGAAGACGGGCGUGGAGAUCAUGAAGGUUGAUCUGAACACUGUUUCGCCGAGGAAGAGGCUAUGGUUCGAGAAGAUGCAGGCCGAAAUGCUCAAGUUCGAUCAGCUGUGAUCCACGACGAAGAUCACGGAACCUUUUCUGUAUGCCGUCAAGUGUGCUGGCAUGACCACGGGUCGACAUGGCGUGGUCGAAUUUCCGCCCCUUUUGGCGUGCUGGCAUGUGUGCCGGUCGCUGGCAAGUGUGCCAUCAUGAACUGCAUGGUGGUUUUUAAUGUAGGCCGGCAAUGUAUGCUGGCAUGAACUCUUGGGCGUUGGCAUGCUGACCUAUUUUAUCUAAUGUGCGGACAUAAAA